AUGUCGAAUCCAAAAGCAGAAGGAUUAAUAGCAGAAGGUCAGAAAGCACUUAAGAAGUUUUUCGGUUCAAAGAAGGACAAAGCUUACGAUGCUUCUGAUAAGUUUUGCCAUGCUGCGCGUUUAUAUAAAAUAGAUCGUAAUUUUGAAAAGGCUGGCGAGUGUUUCCUUAUGGCAGCUGAUGCAUUACACAAUGUAGGCGAUGAUAACUCAGCAUCGAGCCAUUAUAUCGAUUCUACUCUUAUGUUUUUCAAAGUUCAAGCAAUGACAGCCAAAGCGCACGAAGCAUUAGAUAAAGCGGUUGAUAUUUUAUGCACUCUUGACUCCCCAGCUAAAUCUGCACAGUUAAUUGUCAAAUCAUGCGAAUUACUCGAAAAAGAACAAGCUUAUGAUUUAGCUAUACAAGCAUACAAUAAGGCACUCGGCUUACUUACAGAUAUGCCAGACGUUUCAGCACUUCAGGCUUCUAUUCAUGAAAAGAAAGCUUAUCUUUUCUGUGAAAAGAGGAAUUACAACGAAGCAGCAAAGUCUUUCACAGAAGCAGCUACUCUUCGCAAUCAAAUCCCUCUAACACAGACUUCAGCUCAAAGUACGUUUGUUGUCGCUGAAUUAUGCCGUUUGGCUGCUGGAGACCUUCAAGGAGCAAUUAAGGAAUACGAUAAUAUCGUUUACCAGUGUCCAUCCAUCAAAGUUAACUUCGAAGGAAGAUAUUUCAACGCAAUUAUGGACGCUGCUCAAAAUACUCCAGAAAAAUUACCGGAAGCUAUCAAGGCAUACAAGGAUACGCACGAAAAUGCUAAAUGGAUGGUUGAUAUCUUGAAUUUAAUUCAAAAUCCAGAUGAACGCGAAAUGUUGUAA